GUCCUAGAGGGAGGGCUGCCUUGAGGCGGCACCCCUCACCGACACCGAGGCGGACUGGCAGCCCUGAGCGUCGCAGUCAUGCCGGCCGGACCCGUGCAGGCGGUGCCUCCGCCGCCGCCGGUGGCCACCGAGCCUAAACAGCCCAUGGAAGAGGAAGCGUCUUCAAAGGAGGAUUCUGCACCUUCUAAACCAGUUGUGGGGAUUAUUUACCCUCCUCCAGAGGUCAGAAAUAUUGUUGACAAGACUGCCAGCUUUGUGGCCAGAAACGGUCCUGAAUUUGAAGCUAGGAUCCGACAGAACGAGAUCAACAACCCCAAGUUCAACUUUCUGAACCCCAAUGACCCUUACCAUGCCUACUACCGCCACAAGGUCAGCGAGUUCAAGGAGGGCAAGGCUCAGGAGCCGUCAGCUGCCAUCCCAAAAGUUAUGCAGCAGCAGCAGCAGGCCACCCAGCAGCAGCUGCCCCAGAAGGUCCAAGCCCAGGUAAUCCAAGAGACCAUCGUGCCCAAAGAGCCUCCUCCUGAGUUUGAGUUCAUUGCUGAUCCCCCCUCCAUCUCAGCCUUCGACCUGGAUGUGGUGAAGCUGACAGCUCAGUUUGUGGCUAGGAACGGGCGCCAGUUUCUGACCCAGCUGAUGCAGAAAGAGCAGCGCAACUACCAGUUUGACUUUCUCCGCCCACAGCACAGCCUCUUCAACUACUUCACGAAGCUAGUGGAGCAGUACACCAAGAUCUUGAUUCCACCCAAAGGUUUAUUUACAAAGCUCAAGAAAGAGGCUGAAAACCCUCGAGAAGUUUUGGAUCAGGUGUGUUACCGAGUAGAAUGGGCCAAAUUCCAGGAACGUGAGAGGAAGAAGGAAGAAGAGGAGAAGGAGAAGGAACGGGUGGCCUAUGCUCAGAUCGACUGGCAUGAUUUUGUGGUGGUGGAAACAGUGGACUUCCAACCCAAUGAGCAAGGGAAUUUCCCACCCCCCACCACGCCAGAGGAGCUGGGGGCCCGAAUUCUCAUUCAGGAGCGAUAUGAGAAGUUUGGGGAGAGUGAGGAAGUUGAAAUGGAGGUCGAGUCUGAUGAGGAGGAUGAGAAACAGGAGAAGACAGAGGAGCCUCCUUCCCAGCUGGAUCAGGACACCCAAGUGCAAGAUAUGGAUGAGGGUUCAGAUGAUGAAGAAGAAGGGCAGAAAGUGCCCCCACCCCCAGAGACACCCAUGCCUCCACCUCUGCCCCCAACUCCAGACCAAGUCAUUGUCCGCAAGGACUAUGAUCCCAAAGCCUCCAAGCCCUUGCCUCCAGCCCCUGCUCCAGAUGAGUAUCUUGUGUCCCCCAUUACUGGGGAGAAGAUCCCUGCCAGCAAAAUGCAGGAACACAUGCGCAUUGGACUUCUUGACCCUCGCUGGCUGGAGCAGCGAGAUCGCUCCAUCCGUGAGAAGCAGAGUGAUGAUGAGGUGUAUGCACCAGGUCUGGAUAUUGAGAGCAGCUUGAAGCAGUUGGCUGAGCGACGUACUGACAUCUUCGGUGUAGAGGAAACGGCCAUUGGUAAGAAGAUCGGUGAGGAGGAGAUCCAGAAGCCAGAGGAAAAGGUGACCUGGGAUGGCCACUCAGGCAGCAUGGCCCGGACCCAGCAGGCUGCCCAGGCCAACAUCACCCUCCAGGAGCAGAUUGAGGCCAUUCACAAAGCCAAAGGCCUGGUGCCAGAAGAUGACACCAAAGAGAAGAUUGGCCCCAGCAAGCCCAAUGAAAUCCCUCAACAGCCACCGCCUCCAUCUUCAGCCACCAACAUUCCCAGCUCAGCCCCACCCAUCACUUCAGUGCCCCGACCACCCACAAUGCCGCCUCCAGUUCGUACUACAGUUGUGUCCGCAGUACCCGUUAUGCCCCGGCCUCCAAUGGCAUCUGUGGUCCGGCUGCCUCCAGGCUCAGUGAUCGCUCCCAUGCCACCCAUCAUCCACGCACCCAGAAUCAACGUGGUGCCCAUGCCUCCCUCGGCCCCUCCUAUCAUGGCCCCCCGCCCACCCCCCAUGAUUGUGCCAACAGCCUUUGUGCCUGCUCCACCUGUGGCACCUGUCCCAGCUCCAGCCCCAAUGCCCCCUGUUCAUCCCCCACCUCCCAUGGAAGAUGAGCCCACCUCCAAAAAACUGAAGACAGAGGACAGCCUAAUGCCAGAGGAGGAGUUCCUGCGCAGAAACAAGGGUCCAGUGUCCAUCAAAGUCCAGGUGCCCAACAUGCAGGAUAAGACGGAAUGGAAACUGAAUGGGCAGGUGCUGGUCUUCACCCUCCCGCUCACGGACCAGGUUUCUGUCAUUAAGGUGAAGAUUCACGAAGCCACAGGCAUGCCUGCAGGGAAACAGAAGCUACAGUACGAGGGUAUCUUCAUCAAAGAUUCCAACUCACUGGCUUACUACAACAUGGCCAAUGGUGCCGUCAUCCACCUGGCCCUCAAGGAGAGAGGCGGGAGGAAGAAGUAGACAGGAGGAACCUGCUGUUAAGUCCCUGCCAUUUUGCCUCUCACGUCUCCCACUCUGACCCAGACCCACCUGAGGCCUUGGACCCUGUCUGCAUAUUUGUUUCCCUCUUACUCAGUUUGAGAAUUCAAAUUGCCCUGCAGGGGUUCAUUCCCCUGACCCCUUCCCCACAUUGGUAAGAGUAGCUGGGCUUUCUAAGCCACUCUCUGGAAUCUUUGUGUUAGGAUCUUGAUUUGAGGACAUUGAGCUCUUCAAGCAGACAUUAGCAGCUGAGAGCCCAGGGAUGUCCUACAGGAUAGUUUCAUAGUGAUAGGUGGCACUUGGCUAAUAGAAUAUGGCUGUUAAUGUCAUUAAUCAUUUUGUACCUUGACAUGGAUUGUCUAAUAAAACUCUUGGACCCUU